AUGCAAGAUAAAUUGAAUUAUGAAGAGCAAGAUUAAAAUUCAAAAUAAAGAAUAUCAACUUGCAAAGAAGCGCUUAAGUUUCUAUUUUAUGUAAAUGAUAAAUUGCAGUAAUCUGGUGAUUUAGAUCAAUAAGAAGUAUAUUAAAAAUCACUUCAUAAAUGGAAUUUAAUGAGGAAGGAAGAAUAAAAUUAAUAAUAACACAAAAUAGAUAAUACGAAAUUUAAAGAAUAAAACAUGCUUAAAAGAAUAUUAUAAGAAAAGGAAAGAAGUUAAGAAAUUGAAGUCUCUAGUUUAAAUUCUCUAUAAAAAGGUUAUUAGUAAGUUUAAAUAAUAUAAAAUUUAUUAUAAUAGGAGAUUUAUUAAGAAUUGAAGCCUUAACCUAUUUAAUCAAUAAACAACAUAAAUGAGGAUCGAAAUAAAGGCAUCAAUGUGGGAAAUGAAGAAAACAAUAGUGUUAAAUAGCAAAAAGAUGAAAGUUAAGUUCAAUCAUAAAAAUUGUAAGAGGAAUUAUAGAAUAAUGAAGAACAAAAACCUCACUAGGAGGGUAGUGAUGAUGAAGACCAAAAGAAGGUGAUGAAAUGGAAUCCUAGAAUGAAAAAUUCUAAAGCCAGACAAUCAAAAUCAAACUAAAAAAGAGUGCUUAGUUAAUCCAAAAAGAAAUAGCUUUUACAUUAAGAUCUUGUAAAUAAUGUUAUACACUCUUAUAACUGUAAUAAUGAAAUGACGAUUGAUCAUUUGAAAUAAUUGAUGGAAAGCAUGUUAAAUGAAACUAUUUGA